GGUUAGGUUACAUGUAUAUUACUAUAUACUGAUUUUGUAUUGCAAACUUGCAGUAUAUUGUGGCCCGCAUUAUGUGGGGAAAGACAACAACUUUUUUGCUAUGUAGACCUGCUGUAAGCAGGAUAGUACAACUUAGAUAUGUUUGCCAGCAGCGUCUUGUACCUGUAGCUGUGCGGCUAUUAACGAGAUACAAUGGUUUUCACUCAAGUGCAAGGGUAGCUUCGUAUCAAGAAAAUUAUCAGAAGUCUAUUGCAAGUCCGAUGAUAUUUUGGGACGAUGUUGCAAAUAAUAUUGAUUGGUUUCAACCGUAUGAGAAGGUGUUAGAUGAUACGGAAUCUCCCUUUUCUAAAUGGUUUGUUGGAGGAGAAAUGAACACGUGUUUCAAUGCACUGGAUCGACAUGUUAAAUCUGGUCAUGGAAAACAAUUUGCCCUGAUAUACGAUAGUCCUGUGACAAAUACCAUUGAAAGAUAUACCUACGAAGAACUGUUAGAACAAGUUAGCCUAUUUGCUGGAGGUUUAGUAAAUCUUGGCGUUGUUAAAGGUGAUCGUGUCAUAAUUUAUAUGCCGAUGAUUCCACAGGCUAUUGUGGCCAUGUUAGCUUGCAGUCGGAUUGGAGCAAUUCAUUCUGUUGUCUUUGGUGGUUUUGCGUCCGAGGAACUAGGUCGAAGAAUACAGCAUGCUGAGCCUAAGGUUGUAAUUACAGCUUCGUGUGGGAUUGAGCCAAGAGGGAUACUGCCUUAUAAACCGUUGGUGGACGAGGCUUUAGAAUUCGCCCAGCACAAAGUUGAGAAAUGUGUUAUUUACCAAAGAGAUAUGUACAAAGCAACCAUGGUGGAUGGCAGGGACGUACAAUGGGAUGAUUUUAUAGCGAAAGCCUCCCAUCAAGAUUGUGUACCUGUUCUAGCGACGGAUCCUAUCUAUAUCUUGUACACAUCGGGCACAACAGGUGAUCCUAAGGGUAUUGUACGUCCGUCAGGUGGACAUGCUGUAGUUCUAAACUGGUCAAUGAAACACAUAUUCGGCAUCGAGCCUGGCGAGGUAUGGUGGGCUGCUUCUGACCUUGGAUGGGUUGUUGGUCAUUCAUAUAUCGUCUAUGGACCGCUAUUGGCAAGAGCCACCUCAAUACUUUUCGAGGGAAAGCCUGUAGGAACUCCAGAUGCUGGAGCUUUCUUUCGGGUAAUCGAGCAACACAACGUCUGCGGUAUGUUUACAGCACCAACUGCAAUACGCGUAAUCAGAGCAGAGGACCCUGAUGGGGAAACCAUCAGAAAGUACAAUUUAUCACACUUCCGUAACUUAUUUCUUGCUGGAGAACACUGUGAUAAAGACACUCUUAAAUGGGCAAGUGACGUCUUGAAAUGCCCUGUGCUUGAUAACUGGUGGCAGACAGAAACUGGUUGGCCAAUUACAGCUCAUUCUGUAGGAUUUGGAGAUGUGGCUACAGAUCAUCUGCAAACAACGGGAAGACCGGUUCCUGGUUACGAUGUUCGUAUCAUCAAUCCAGAUUUGACAUAUUGCAAGGAGGGAGAAAUGGGGCAGGUUGUCAUACGGCUUCCAUUGCCACCUGGAGUAGCAUCUACUCUUUGGAAGAAUGACGAAAGAUUUGUAGAAAGUUAUUUUAAAAAAUAUCCGGGUCAUUAUGACUCGAUGGAUGAGGGUGUUAUGGAUUCUAACGGUUGUGUAUCGAUAAUGACGAGAGCUGAUGACGUCAUUAAUGUAGCAGGUCACCGUUUGUCAACAAAAGGCAUUGAAGAGGCGUUGCUUAAAGACAAAGACGUUAUGGAUGCAGCUGUGGUUGGGUUGGAUGACAGUAUUAAAGGUCACGUGCCAUUUGGAUUCCUUGUUGUAAAAAAAGGUUUGGAGAAGUCACGCGAGGAUAUCAUUUCUGAUGCUGUGGAGGCAGUUCGUGAGCAUUUGGGUCCUGUUGUAGCCUUCAAAUCCGCUGUCAUUGUCCCGGCGUUACCAAAGACUAGAUCGGGUAAAACAUUGCGUUCUCCGCUUCAGAAGUUAAUAAAUGGUAAACAAUACAAGUUACCAGGUACUGUGGAAAAUCCGGAGAUUCUCGACGUAAUAAAGGAUAUUUUGAAAGAUGAAGGUUAUCCUAAAGAAUCCUGAUUUUUUAUUAUGAAUAUAUUGAAACAAUGCUACAAUGGGAUGGGGUGCCGGUAAUCAAAAUUUCUUUUGCACGUAUAAUCAUUUCUAUAUAGGUAAUGGAUAUUUUUUAGCAAAUGUAUAGUGAUUUAGUAGACGACUUCGGCCCGUUUCAGGCGUCAAAAUUUUCCUGUGCCCAACGUAUGCAAUGAUGAGCUAAAGUCUAAGUUCAUUUACAUAAAAAGAAAAAUUUGACGUCUGAAACAGGCCUUAGAAUUUCAGGACGGUUAAUUUUGCUCGCAUGGUGUGUCACCGUUCUUAUGUAUUCUAGUUCGAAAUUCGUUGAAAGACUUCAGCAGUGAUUCGUAGGGGCCAUGGAUUCAUGGAAGAUUCAAUCCUGCAAUUGACAAUUCAAUCUUCAUUCGAACGUUUUUUUAAGUUAUAGUCAAUAUAGAAUAUAUUCGGCUAGAUUGAAUCUACAGUACUGCUCAGAAGUAACUUAACACUGCGUUCGCGUUCCGUUCGCGUUCAAAUCGCGUUCCGAACGCGACCGGAACGCGUUCCGAACGGGUUCCAAAAUGCGUUCCAUUGCGUUCCGAACGCGUUCCAUAAAAUAUUUGGAACGCGUUCCUCGGUUAAUUUAAAACCGCGUUCCUACUUCGGAAAUUUUCGAGUUGAGUAGGGUUGUUCCCGAUGACCCAAUCGGAAAUUCGGGAAUACACUAAUACACUAUACAGUACUCUAUAGCGAUCACAGACACAGUUUUGGGAUAAAUUGGCAAAAUACAAAAAUUAUUUGAAAUACACAAAGAAUUGCAAAUGUGACAAAACUAAUGAUCUAAAAACUUUUGGCUUUAAAAUCGAAUACCAGAAUUUCGAAUAUUUGUUUUCACGACAAUAUUAAACGGCAAUGUUGCUAGAACCGACUUUGUUGACACAAAUGAAAUAAAAGCUUUCUCCUCGUCAAAAGGCAAAACAAAGUGGUAAAAAAAUCACUGCACUGAGACGAAGACAAUAUAGACGGGGUUAAAAAAGAAUUCUUACAUAACAAUUAUCAAAAGCCGUUGCUCGAAGUGGUAGACCUUAGGCUUAGUCCUUAUUUCGAAUAUUUGUUUUUCGAAGUACAUGACCCCAAGGGCACUGCUGCUAAAACUAUAUUUCACACAAUUAUAUGCUUCCUACUUGUCAAAAGCAAUGAGCGUCUUUGAGCGCUCUCAGUGGAACAUGUCGUUACAUGAUACACAAAACUGUCAAAACAUGUUGAUCAAAAACAGACAAUAGAGCGAUUAGAGGGGGUCAUAAAAAAUCCGUUUAAAAAUACAAGAAUCGAAUGUUACAAAACUGAUCAUCACAAACCUUUCGCUUUCAAUUUUUUUAUAGUAAAUCAGAAUUUUUAUGAUAUUUAUGAUAAUCGCCUUUAUGAUUUGUAAAAAUUGAUAUUGUUGGUGACUUUUACUAA